CCCCUGCUCUUGACAGUGCAGCAGUUGCUUUAUCUUCGCAAGUUAGUUAAGUGCAGUAGUGCUCGGAGUUGUGUCGAACGACGAAGCGAAUGUAAUCAGAGUACAAAGUCAGACGUGGAGAUAACGAGACAGUACGCUAUCGCAACCCGCGACCUGCGCGUACUUUAUUGAAAGUCGAGUGAAAGCAGUUUAUGAAAUGGUACCUGCACAACUGAUCUUUGUGUUGGCUCUGCUAAUGUGGCCUGGCGUACGUGGAGCGCGCGGGGCAACGCGUAAAAAUGUUUUGUUAAUAUUGGCCGAUGAUGGAGGCUUUGAGACCCAAGUCUACAACAACUCCAUAUGCCAGACGCCAAACCUGCUCGAGCUGUCCCGCAGAGCUCUGGUCUUCGACAAGGCCUACACGGUCGUGAGCAGUUGCUCGCCGAGCCGCGCCUCCCUCCUUUCAGGACUGCCGCCACACCAGAAUGGAAUGUACGGUCUACACCAGGGCGUACAUGGUUUCCAGUCCUUCGCCGAAGUUCAGGCACUUCCGCAGGUUUUAUCUGAACAUGGUGUUCGAACGGGAAUCAUCGGCAAGAAGCACGUGGGCCCCGAAUCCGUGUACCCUUUUGACUUUGCCCACACCGAGGAGAACAGCUCCAUACUCCAGGUCGGCAGAAACAUCACCAGGAUAAAAAAGCUUGUCAGGAAGUUCCUACGUUCCAACGACAGUAGGCCAUUUUUCCUCUACGUCGCGUUCCACGACCCACACCGCUGCGGACAUACGCAUCCGCAGUACGGACAAUUUUGCGAGAAGUUUGGCAACGGCGAACCUGGCAUGGGCUCCAUUCCGGACUGGGAGCCGCAGCUGUACGACCCGUCGGAUGUCAUAGUUCCAGACUUUGUUCCGGACACUCCGGCCGCUCGGCAAGAUAUCGCGGCACAGUACACUACGGUCGGAAGAAUGGACCAAGGUAUUGGUCUUGUACUCCGCGAACUUUCUCGUGCCGGCUUCCAGGACAACACCCUGGUGAUUUAUUCGUCGGACAACGGGAUACCAUUUCCAAACGGCAGGACAAAUCUCUACGAGCCAGGCAUUCGAGAGCCAUUCAUCAUUGCAGACCCAACACGGCCACACUCUUUCAACAAGAGAUCCCACGCAAUGGUCUCCCUGCUGGACAUCAUGCCCACGGUGCUGGACUGGUUCGGAAUACCUCUUCCGACCUACGAGAUAUUCCGCAAGGGCGUCACCUUCACCGGAGCCUCCCUCCUGCCACUCCUCGACGUUGGCACCGCGGUACUGCCGCGAGACACGAUUUACGGAAGCCACAGCCUCCACGAGAUCACGAUGUAUUAUCCCAUGCGGAGCGCGCGCAACGACCGCUUCAAGCUCAUCCACAACCUCAACUUCCUCAUGCCCUUUCCCAUUGACCAAGAUUUUUACCUGUCACCCACGUUUCAAGACACGCUCAACCGCACGCAAGCGGGCGUUCCGACCCACUGGACCAAGAACCUGACUUCGUACUAUUACAGGAGCAACUGGGAACUGUUUGAUUUGCGGGAAGACCCCGGCGAACUUCGCAACCUCGCGGAGAACGUCAGUUACGUCGACGUGUUCGGCGAACUGAAGCACGGCUUGUCCAAGUGGCAGGACCUGACCAGGGAUCCGUGGCUGUGCGCACCUGGAUCUGUUUGGGAAGCUUCCGGACGAUUCAAGGCUCAUCCUCAGUGUCUGCCACUUCAUAACAAUGUUUGUUGAUGGGGCUCCGAAGUGUUAAGAGUUUCACCUGAUUCUUCUCUCCGACUUUACCCCCUCGAAUCGCACAUUUAGUGAUUCGGGUAAGACACUAUGUAUUUCUCCCCGAAUCGUCUUUUUGCUGUGCCACCAGGAACCGCGGAAGCAGAACAGUGGUAGAGAGCGGGAGGUUGUCAACGGAAGGGGGAUGCACUGCAGCCGGCUCGUUGAUGUUUCUCGUGUGUAGACUUGUAACAGCGUCACGUUAAGCAAAGAUAGAUAUGCUGGAAAGAUAUGAAAAGUCUUGGGAAGAUGUACCAGAGAUCUAGAAAGGUUCUUGAUUAAGUUACGUUACGUGCCUAAAAGGUAACAGGUGAGCUUCGACACUCUUAAGAUGUGUGCAAUGCUUCUUGUAAGCGAGUGUUUAGAUUGAAGUGGUAUUUGCAAGUUUGAAUUGCCGUGCACCUUUCAGCAUAUUCCUCAUCUUGUAGCAGACAGCACGUUAGUUUGGAGGAUGUUUUCGUUUUUUCAUUCGUGAUACGUAUAAUGAGCCUAAUAGACACAAUUUUUAUCCCGGGAGCUGCUAUUUCGCACCCGAUUUUUACGUCCCAAAUAUUGCAAAAAAAUAUUUCGCAAAAGUCUCAGACCUUAUUUGCUGGACAGUCCAAUCUUAAAUGAACAAAAAAAAAACUACUUGUUAGUGUCCGUUCAAUAUACCGGCGUCUCUCGUCCCGAGGCACUUCCCUUAACCAAAAAAAAAAAAAAAAAACUUACUGGGUUUACAAACUUAAACUACUGGGUUGGUUAGUACUUAGAGCCUGCUGCUUUCAAGUUAAACAUGGUAAAACAUGUUUUUGCCCCCUCAUUCAAGACAGUAUGAAUUCAGCUACUCAUACCAGGGUUGGCUACCAGAAACGGAAACGAGAAACGGUAAUUACCGAAAUUCAACAGGAAAUGAAAAUGGAAACAAAAUUGUUUUAGUUUCCACUACCAAAUGGAAACUAAAUUCAAAAGUGGUAACGUUAGCAGAAACCAAAUUCGCUGGACGUUUCCCUCAGUGUUUUCGCAUUAAUAUGAAAAUUAUAUAUAUCCGCACUAUUCUUCCAGUCAUCAUUCAUUCGUUUAUUUUCGGGACUUUCUUUCGUGUUGAGCCCACUGCACAGCAAGAUGGAUGCAAAAGUUUUGGAUGACGCGUUAUUUUUGCGCACGAGCGGAGGCUUUUGAAACUUAAAGGCAUGUAUUUGUACAACCUAGAGCGGCAUCUACUUGGGGUGUAUAAGAUUUGUGACGAACUUUGGAUUAAAGUCUAUAGUGUUUGUG